AUGUCCAUGAACCCCGAGUCCGCUACUCCCCAAAAGGGUGAGUUCCGCAGCAAGGUCGCUCCUGCCGAGCCUCUCAUGAAGGGUGGUCACGCUCCUGGAGUUCUCGUUGGCAACGACGCUGCCCCCGAGUUCCACGCUGAGCAGCACCCUGCCGGCACCGCCCCUCCCGAGAACACCUUCCGCCCCAACCCCGAGACCGAGAUCCCCGCUCAAGCUUCCGGCAAUGAGGGCGCUGUCCCCGCCUCCGCAACUCUUGGUGGAGCUACUUCUGCCGAUGUCCACACCGGCCUAGGCAAGCCUGCCGCUGGCCAGACCAGCCAGGAGUUGCACGGUACAGAGAAGAAGAACCGUUCCGGUCUUGAGGGUGUCGGUGCCAACCCCUCUGAUCCCAUCCACGCCAUGGGCGCUGACCGAGAUCAUCCUACCAACUACCGUGGAAAGGGUGGUGAGAAUGCGCUGGACUACGCCGGUGCUGAGGAUCGUGAGCCUGCUAAGGCUGAGGAGGUUGCGAGCGAGCGUCGCUAA